GAUCGCCMUACAGUCAUAGGGUUGUUGACGAUUUAGUCAUAAUUGUAGAAUUCAAAACAAUCGGUUUCUAGGUUGUAACAUUUCUCUCGCAUCUUCAAGUCAAAAAGGCAAUAAGAUGCGAAUAGUUAUCUCAACUCUAGCCGUAUUGCUGGCCUUCCAGGCUUGCUUUACACUAGGAAAAGUUCACCACAAGCAUCACAAAAGAUCACUUGGAACYCUCGACAUGACGAAAACUGAUAAAUGCGAAGACCACGAGUACUGCAGUAAAUACACACAAAUGGACUGCGCAAGCUCUUUCUUAAAACUCAACUGUAAAAAGCUAUGUGGACUUUGCGAAGGCCACAAAAAGAUCAACCUUCCCAUGGUUCUUUACUURAAGAAACACGCAGGACAAAAAACACGCGUGGAACGAAGUGCUAAACCUGUAGACACCUCAAAUUGGCCAGUAAAUGAACAAAAACUCUUUGAUUAUAAGGGAAAUUAUAAUCAUUGGACGUUCCAAUUCAACGACAAGCACCCAUUUACAUCGAAAAUACCAGAACCAUUAAAACCUGCAGACAAUGCCCAACAGAACGGAACUCCACAGCAGCAGAACAAUGAUGCAAACCWGGCUGCACCAGCACAACAGACACAACAACAACCUGAACAACAAACACAACAACCUUAUCAACAACAACAACAACAACAGGCUGCCUAUCCCGCUCAACAACAGAACACAUACCAGCCACAGACUUCCGCUCCACAACCAGCAGCCGCUCCAGCACCAGCAGCACAGGCAGCCCAGCCCGCUCAACCAGCWYCACAGGCAGCUCAACCCGCUCAACCUGCAGUCGAACAGCAGCAAACACAACAACAGCAGCAACAACAGGAUGUCCCAGCUUURAGAAUUCCAGCCAAUGCCUUCAAACUCGCUGACCAGGGCAAAGACGUAUACAUUAACGUUCCACAAAACGGUCAGACAAACAACAUUAUGAACCAAGCACUCAACGACCAACUACAAGCCGARAAAGAYAAACUCAAGGAUGAGAAAGAAUGUACUACCAAGAUGUGCUURAACUAUAAACCUGUUAAAGUCCCAUGCCCCAAGGGACGGGAAUGCAACUGGAAAGGACCUAACGCUCCUCAAAUCAAUGAAACUUUUAUGGUGUACUGUGAUGACAAGUUCCCAAACUGUGGCGUKCUUCGUUCUUCUUGUAACGAGUCCUGGCUUCAAAUUUACUGUCCAAAGCGAUGUGGAAUCUGUAAACCAAACGAUUCACAGCCACAGGCCGCCCAACCAUCACCCAUUGCUGAAGACGAAGGCAACAAAGUGUAUCCUAGCAACGUCUCUGAGCUUAACGACGAACCCAAUGUUAACAUCCAAUCAGAGCUCGUCGCCCCAGAACCCUCCGAUAAACCACAGCGAGCCCGGUACACUCUUCAUGUCAAACCUAAGCUGAAGAAUGGCGUUCCCCAGCAACAACAGAUCUUUAUUAUGCCACCUAACAUUAAAGCAGGCAGCAACAUUAAACCUUUAGUCAUUCUAAAACAGAAAGUUACUAAACCAAUGGUAGAGAACAUCGAGAUUGAUGUUCCACCAAAGGGUAUCGAGUAUAGCGAUGAACCAAAGGUCGAGGUCAUUGAGGGAUCAAAUCACGAGACUCUACAGGUUUCCCAGGGCAAAGCUGAUCUUACAAAGGCAGAAGCUGACCUUGCUCAGAAGAAUGCUGCUGCACAAGCUCCUGAAGCCCCAGCUGCUCAAGCCCCAGCCCCCGUUGCAGCUGUAGCUAGCCAACAGGCUGCCCCUGCUGCCGAUGCUACAGCCCCGGCCCCAGCCCCGGCACCUGCUGCUGAUGCCACUGCAGCUCCAGCCCCAGCCCCUGCUGCCGAUGCUUCUGCAGCUCCAGCACCAGCCCCUGCUGCCGAUGCUUAUGCAGCUCCUGCACCAGCUCCAGCCCCUGCUGCCGAUGCUUAUGCAGCUCCAGCACCAGCUCCAGCCCCUGCUGCUGAUGCCACUGCAGCUCAAGCACCAGCUCCAGCCCCUGCUGCCGAUGCUUCUGCAGCUCCAGCACCAGCCCCAGCCCCAGCAAGCACUGAAACCUCACAGUAUAAUACCCAGGCACAAGGAUACCCAGACAACACUCAAACCCAAGCUCAAACACAACAGACACAGGGAUACCAAGACAACACACAAACCCAGACUCAAGGAUACCAAGAUAAUACCCAGACCCAGGCUGCUCAGACCCAGUCUACUCAGGACCAGACAGCUCAGAGCUAUCAGCAGCCAUCGUACGACCAGAGUCAACAAGCUGCAGCUCCAACUGCAGCACCAACAGCCGCCCCCGCAGCAUACCCAGCACAGGAUACCCAACAAACAUCUAACCAAUGUGUAGACGACAGCCUCUGUGCAUCAUAUCCUAAAGACAGAUGCUCAGAGAACUGGUUACAGAAUAACUGUAAGAAAAUGUGCAACUUAUGUUAAGAUGGUUAACUUAUUCGCUUUAUUAACAACAAUACUAUAUCGCAAGAAGAUACAAGCCACAUCACACAUCCCCACACUGGACGAAGGACAAAGAAUCCUGAACUACCAUAAACAUGUAGUUAUAUUUAUAUCACGAGAAAUAAGCCAUCAAUUCGUCCUUGUGGAAACAUUACACUGUAUAAAAAUCGCUUUGUUCUUUAAAAAUUUAGUUUUAAUGGYUGUUUGGUAUUGAUUUAUUAUUUUGAUCAUUUGUGCGAUACGUGGUUGUUCUCUUAUCAUUUUAUGUCUUAUUACAGUUCUAAUAAAACAUAAAAAACUGCA